AUGCUUGCCGCAACAGUCUCGUCUACUGCACCAAGAGACAUACUCCAACAGGAUAUCUAUCAUAACAGGUCAGGAAAGCUGUUGAAUGGGAUGGAAUUUCAUGCUUUUGCUUUAGAAAAUGAAUUAGAUUUUGAACUGCAAGUUGGCAACACCCUGAUGGACAUGUAUGCAAAGUGUACUAAGAUAAGUUUUAUGGAUUCUGUCUUUCAUAGAAUGCCAUGUAAAGACUACAUUUCUUGGACAAUAAUCAUUGCUGGCUAUGUUCAGAAUAAUUUUCACAUGAAGGCCUUGGAACUGUUCAGGAAAGUGCAAUCGGAAGGAAUGGAUGCUGACAGAUUGAUGAUUGAAAGCAUUCUUCUAACUUGUGUUGAACUGGAUUCUAUUGCACUGCUGAGUGUGCUUUCUGCUGCUGCUGAUUUAUCAGCACUGGGAAAAGGCAAAGAGAUUCAUGGUUAUAUGCUUAGGAAGUGUUUUGUUUUAGAGGGUUCCAUUGCCAGUUCACUCAUGGAUAUGCAUGCCAGCUCGGGACUGUUGACAGCUCAUAUAAGUUAUGAGCCAAGGAAAAUAAUUUAUUUGAGAGUUGAGAAGAUAAUGACUACUGAUACCUUCCUGGAUCCAAAAUAUGCCCCUGAGAAGCUGUUGCCAUGA